AUGUAUUUACAAGCCAGUUACACGCCCUGCAAAACUGCGGGGUGCUUCCGUGGAUGCCGGGAGGCCGUGAUGAACAGCUGCCUCCCCUUCCAAGGCUACGUCUGGACCCUCAACUACGAUCACUACGGCGACGACAUCGGUCAGGCCUCAAGUCUUGAAGCUGCGGCUGCCGCAUGCAGCGCCUUGCCAGAUUGCCUGGGCUUUAACAUUUUGGGAUAUUUCAAGAGCCAACAUCAUCCUAUGACGUUAUCUUCACGUCCCUAUUUCUGCUUCUACACCAAAAUUACAAGUGUCUAUGUUACCAACUACUUGUGUGGCACCGACAACAUAUUUUACAAGACAGCGUCGGAUGUUAGCAUGGCACUGAUAUAUCCCCUCCAGGCUAUCUCAGGCCAUGUGGGCAGCAUAUUUGACUUUGCCAAGUCCAGCUUCGGUUGCGGCUUGUCUGAUGGACCGCUGCAUGGCGGCUACUCAGCAAGGCCGACAUUCACAUUGGACUUUCGACAGCAACUCUCGAAUUAUUCCAUGCGUAUCACCCGCGUCAGCGCCUGCUGUGCGGGUCAAUAUGCCUACAACAACGGUGUUCAGGGCAUCCGGAUGCGAACAGCCGGUGGCGUUGAGGUUUACUCGGGCGGAGAAUGCACAAAUCCUCAACCCUGGGUCAACAUCCCGACGGGAUAUGUCUUGUCGGGGCUGAGGACGAACUCGCCUGCGGAUGGCAGCAGGCAAUGGGUGCAUCGCGUGGCAUUUGUUGCAAACCAUCAUGUACAUCUAUACAUAUAUAUGUGUGUGGUUGUUACAGUGGGCUCCAGACUCCCGAAGAGUAGAGCCAUCGGGCCAGCUGGCCGUGCACUGCAGUAG